AGUUGUGUCCUGUUGGCUUUGAUUCGAUGCAGUAUAAAGAAGGUCCUGUUGAGACUUCAUAGGACACACUUAGAAUGAGUAUGGAUGAGAAAUUGGAAAAUCUCAAGUGAGCUAAUGUUUAUUGCUGAUAUUCUGCCGAAAGAAUAUGAAUGAAUAUGUAGCUGCAUUAAUUGCAUUGAAGCAAAAAAUAAUUGAUGGAGAUCGUUUGCUGACAGAGUAUCAACAGAAAUGCACUGAGCUUCAAUUUGCUGAACGAGAGAUCUCUGCUCUUCGUUGCCAAGUGGAGAAGAUGUUACAGAAAAUUCUGCCUCUGGAAAAAUGUCAGGAAGAGUUGGGUUCUGUGAAGGCAGAGUUGGAAGAAAAAAAGAAUUCUCUCAAGAUUUAUCAGGAGAGCCAACUGGAAUAUGUUAAAAUUAAAGAAGAAAUAUUAAACAGUGAUGCCAUGAGAAAGAAACUGGAAACUAAAGUGAAAAAACUUGAAGAGGCUGCAACAAAGCAUACACAGGACUUCAGACAACUAAAAACUGAAAAGAAAAGGCUUGAAAAGGAGCUGAAAAAAGCACAAGGAAAGCUUGGUGGUGUAAUUAAAGAGAAGUGCAGAAAACUUAAACAUGCAGAAACUCAGAGUUCAAGUGAAGAUCUUGCAACGUAUAUAGACAAAGGAAGAGCAAUGUUCUUAUUAGAACAACUCCGGAUGUGCAUUGACAGUGCAAAAGGAGAAAGAGAGAAUGAGAAAAAUGAUCCUGUCUUAGACACCAUACAAAUCCACCAAAAGAUCAGGAAGAGUGAUGGCAAAACACUACCUUGGUGUUCUUCAGGGGAAAGUGCUGUAAAGCAAAAUUCUGGAACAGCGAUGAUAAUUCAAACAAGUACUGAGCCUUUUGGAGAUGAUUGUGCUGUGAACAGGACUACUGAAGAACAACUUCACAGUAGUGAGGAUAAAAAUGUAGAUGUGAUAAUACAGACAGGCAGGGAGCACAGCGCUUCAGGCUUCUCUAGUCAGGAGUGGAGAGACCCGGGUGGAAAUGUGAUGGAUAUAUUGAAUUGGGCCAGACCUCUUCCUGCUCUACUUUCUCCGGUACAGCUUUCACCACUGACUACACAGGAUAUGUUCCUGGGAGAAGUCACAGGUUCCAGUGAUGAAGAAGAUGAUUGCAGUACUUGUGCACUGGAGGAUAUUUUACAAGAAGAUCAAGUUCAGCCUCUGAGUUGUAAUUUAGUCAGCCCUGGUGCUGAGUGUAACAGACAGUGCAAAUCAUGUGAGCAUGGUUUUGAUGCAGAAAUCUCGCUUAAUCUGAGUUGGAAUGAAAAGAAUAUUCAUAUGAGUCCUAAGACAUCAAGGAAGGAAAGAGAUGCUGAAAGAGAGCAAGUUGAAGGUGCUACUCUAACAACAAGCAUGAUAACUAACAAAAAUUGUUUGGAGGAGAAUUCUGGGGAUGUGGAAGCUGAGAACAGAAAACUAACUGGAGCAACAGCACACAAAUCGGAAGACAUGGAAGAAUGGAAAGGAGAUGGUGAGGACAUGAACAGUGAAGAGGUUGAUUCUUCAGCAGAUUUUAUGUUACAAAGUUUCAAGUCUCAGAAACAGGUAGAAAAAUGUAGUGUGGUAGAGCAAACAGAGGAGAAUGUAACCUUAAUUAGAGCUGUUGAUAAUGAGGGUACACAUGAAAAAUGUGAUGAAUUAGUGAAUGUAGAGAGAAAUAAAUUAGUGGCACAGAGAGAAGCUUCCAGAGUAGCAUCUGUUAUGCAGAGUGUUUCUCAUUUCCUAUCUAAGCAAUGCAUUGUGCUUCAAAGAGAAGAUGCUGAGGAAAAAUCUGAUGAAUUGAUAGAAAAUAAUUCAAAAAAUGUAGUCAAAUUAACUAAUAUAACUGGAGCUGUUGAGAUUUCUGCACACUCUCAGUGCUCUGAAAUAAAAUAUGACAGUGAAGAGAUUCUGGAGAAACAACAUAUGCACACAAAAGACAAAGUGAACAGAGAAUGUGAACCAGAGACUGUUAAAGUCUCUAGGCAUUAUUUACCUGUAUCUGCUACUGAAGGAAUCAGAAUUUUGUCAGUCUUUCCAAAUGAUGAACACCUCAAAACCGAAGACAUGAAUAUAACCAGAGCUCCAACUCCUGAAGUACCUAUGAAAUUUAACAGAGGAAGUGUUCUAGAAAUAGCUGAAUUGUCAGAGCUACUCCAUAGUGCAAAAAAUGUAAAACUAGCAGAUAUAAAGGAGGUGGUAGGUUUACAAAGCAAACCACAUCACAAGGAAGAUGGUGGUAAUUUAUCUCAAAGGAAGUCAAACUUAGGAAAUAUACUUUCACUAUCAAAGACAGCAUGCAUUAUUGGUGGAGAAAGCAGUGUAGCUAAGUGUGAAUCUUCUGCGUUUGAUUUUACAGAAGUGAAAGGUGAAAUAAAACAAUCUGAAAACUUAUGUAAGACAUUAGAAUGUGGGCAGUCCAAAUCUCAAAACUUCAGACUGUUUAAAUCUCUAGAUACUGAAGUCAGAGUUAAUCCAGAAGAUUGUGGAGGGGAAAUCAGUGAGUUGUUAGCAAGAGGGGAUACAAUUGAAUCUGUCUUAAUAGAAAGUAAUCCUAUUUCUGAGGAACAGUGUGCAAAACCUCUGACUCAGCUCUUGAUAACUGAAAAUUUUAAAUGUGAUGAAAUAGAAGGGAAAUUAAAUAAGCAAAGCAAGGAAUUGGUGACUGAGACUUGCUUCAGUUCACUGAAGCAGGAAAAGAAUGUUGUGAAGAAAAAUGAUAUUUCAGAGAUCAUUUGCCAUCGUACUUCAGAAAUGGAAUAUAGAAGUGGUUUGGCUUUUUCUACUCAAAAGGACUUGGAAAAAUGCUGUAUAAAUAAUGAAGAAACCAAUUCUCCUGUGCAAGUGGGAAUUGGCUUGGAAUCCACAAGAUCUCCUGAUCUAAAUUUCAGUCUUCAGAAUGUUGUUGGUUUCCUUGAAACUAACUUAGCAGGAAAGGCUGCUUUUUCCUGUACUUGGGAAAACAAGGGACAUACAAAUUCCAUUAUGAGUAGUACAUUUAACUGUUCUUCAGAUAAUUUAGAAGAGGGUGCUGAGAUUCUGUCUACUGAACAAGUCAACAUGGGCAAAGAAACAGGUUGCCCUGAAAGAGAAUAUGUACACAAAAAUGAAGAGAAAACUUCAGAUAAGGAGCAGCCAGUAGAUAAAGAACCUCAAGCAUCUGUUAAAUCACAGAUCAUAUAUGCAAAUCCUUAUAAGAAUGCUUUUCUCCAAAAGUUUGAUUGUCAAGAAUCAGGAUGCAGGACUUCUACAUGGAAGGUUAGAACAGGUCCUUCUAGAACUUAUUCACUAACAAGUGGGAGAGAAAGUAAAGAACUGAACAGUUUUGUGGGUUCUGGGAAAAAUGCCAUAGUAAAUUGUAAAAGUGAUUUUGAUAUGCCAGAGCAGAGCAAUGACUCUGAAGAAAAGGACUGUUCUAUGCAAAAAGUGAAAUAUGUGAAGUGUUCUGAAUGCGUUCCAAUGUUUAGAAACAAACUGAGAGCUUCCAGCAGAAUUGCAUUGGGUGCUCUGGAAACUGGUGCAAUUUUUGAUGCUGAUUACCAAGUAUGUGAGCUUCAUUCAAUGAUGCACCCAGGAAGUACUUUCACAGUUAGUCACCUAAAAGCAGACACUGUUGUGGGUAUGAAUACACACUGUGAACCAAACAACUCUGGAGAUACUGCAAAUGAGUGGUCAAGUGUGACUGGGGAGAGUUAUCUUGAAGACUCAGCCUCUUGGAAAACAGAAUGUAUAUUACUAACCUCUGAAAAUACUGAGAGUGCUAAUGAACUCAUGGAGUCUAACAUAGCUGGAUGCAUCAGUCACAAUGAGGAAAGUCUAUUAAAAUCUGGAACAACAAAAGAAAGCCCCGUGAUGCCAAAUGCUUCAAAAAAUAGGUUACCACUAUGCAAGAUGUUAAGCAGAUUCUCAGAAAAUUGCAGGCUGACUGUAAAAACCAGUAAAUUAAAUGCAAGAAUGUUAGCACUUGGCAAUUUCUUAGAAGAAAAUGAUUUUGCUAAACUUCAGUCAAAUGGGAAACAAGGUUUAUUACACAGUGUUGAUAUGGGGGUCUCAGUGUUUGAAGAAUAUAAUAAUAAUAAUCAAACUGCUUGCAAUACAGGAGAAAGCAGCACUGAUGUUAUCAUAGAUAGUGGUACAAAAAAAAUUUUACUCAAUUAUCUUCCAAAUCCAACCCUCUCUGAUGUAAGGUGCAGUUGUCAAACAGUUGGUCAACUUUCUGAACCACAAAAGACAGUAUUUGAGAAGUUACAUAUGGUGGAAUCAGAGUCUUGUGCUCUCAAGAAGAGCAAUAAGUGGAAGUGUAAAGAUCAAGAACUAUCUGAAAUCUUGACUGUUUCUACCAAAACAACUGCCCAAGUAAUGCAUACCAAGCUAUCAAAGAAACUGAUUCAAGGUAAAAGAAAAACAAAGACUCCUAAAGUUACUCAGCCAGUUCUUGCAAAUGCUAAUACUUCUGUGGCAAAAAAAUGCUCAUCUGAGAUGAUAAAUAAAAUCAGGGAAGAGAUAGGUCCUCCUCUCCCCCCCUUGUUACUGCCUCUGAUUGCUACUCCUCCAAAAAUUGCCUGUACUGUGUCCCCGGUAAUGUCUUCUACAGGUCAAUUCUCUCUGCUUUCCCCUCUUGAUGACCUGAUGUCCCCACUAUGCAGAACUCCAGUUCUUCCUCUCAUGUCCCCAUUAACAGAUACUCCAGCAGUAAAAUCUGCUAUUUUAUUUUCUCCUCCCUCACCCUCAGAAAUGGCAGUAGGUAGAAGGAUUCGCUCCUCACCUUUGAAAUUUUGUACUUCCAUUCCAAAGCAUGCACUUCUUGUUCCAGGAAGAUUUCCUCUCUUUGCAGCAGUUAGUGCUGGUCCAGGUGCCUCUCAGGAGAACUCUGUGAAAAUAUUGGACACUAUAUAUCCAGAGCUGUCUGCAAGGGCAAGGACACUAAACAUUCUGAAAGGCAAUAUUCAGCUUAACCGAUGUACUUUUUCAGACAGCCAAAGUUUGCCAGGACCUGUGUCUCAAGUAGGUGGAUUCAAAGCAUUUGCAUCUACAUCAACUGCUUUUGUUAAAGCUGGGAGCAAUUUGAAAUCUGAUAGUGGCAAAGACGAGGACAAAGAUGUGCAAAAUCAGCAAUUCUUUUCAAAUCAUCUUGGAAAAAGGACACUACUGCAGGUAUCUAUGCCAAGAAGUGCCAAAAGACUGAGACUGGAGAGUGAACCGCCAAGGAUGGAGCCCAGUGAUGUUAUUGCUGUCAGAAAUACUAAAAAAACCAUCUCUGAAAUGCAGGAGGCUUUCCAUGGUAUAACCUAUGAACUCAAUGAUUCAUCACAGUGCUCCAGUUUAGAAGAAUCACUAUCAGUAAAGAAGGAUUCUGACUGCCAGAAAAUUUCUUUGGCAUUAAAGAAAGUUGCUGAAUCCUGCUUUGACUUGUUACCAGUUAUCAAAGGUCAUGUGUAUGUUGGAAAUAUCUCAAAGAUUCCAGUAAUGAGAGAUGAAGAGAGAGAAGUUGUCUAUGAAUUUGGUAUAAAAAACAAGUAUUUAGCAGAGUCCUUGCUGUGUGUUAUUCUCAAUAAGCUGAAGGCUCAGAAGAAUGCCCCAAAUUAUAAUUUCAGUCAGGCUUUGUGUCGACUCUAUGCAGGAGUUUGUCGACAGCUGGGAGAUUUGGAAAGAGCCCGCCUUUUCUGCUAUAGUCUACUUAAAGAAGACUAUCCAGACUCAGAAAAAUUGAUUUUAUUUAUCACAAAUGUAUGGUCUGACAUAUUUGUCUUCCAAGGUGCAAUUAACAAAGCUAUGCAAUUAGUUGUCAGGAAGAGUGCAAGCAAUGAGAUGCUGGCCUGUUUAAGUGCUUAUCUCAACUGGGAACAGAGUUCAUCUUUAGAUGCUGGUAUUAUGGUCUCAAACCUGCUUUUAGAAAUGCAAUCAUGUACAAAAGUAGAAUUUCACCUGCAUGAGCAGUAUGGAGAAGAUCUCAGUGAAGAUGCUUGGCAGUAUAUAUUUGCUGUUGAUUUACUCUGCUCUCAUAUGAAGUGGGAUUGGACACAUGAUAAUGUUAUAAGCAAAGUGCUUUGGCCUUCUAUGGAUAACUGGAUAAAGAAGAGAAAGGGGCAUGAAACUGCUCAGUCAAUUCGUGAUAGUGUUAUAGCAUUGACACUCAGGCUAAUUGGUCGAUUAGGACAAAUAGGUUUGAAGGAAGGCUAUCUUGCUGCAGUGAAGAAUAUUAGUUCAGUAAUUGGACUGUUUGUGCAGCAUGCAAAAGAGGAAGCUAUUCCUUGGGGUGUGCAGCUGGCAGCCGUAUAUUCACUAUGUGACUUGGGUUCAAGCAAUCCAGAAGGUAUUGUUGAGGCCAUCCAUACCUGGAGAGCAAAAGUUCAUGACAACAUCCCUUCUGCUAUCACAGAUGGCAUAGCUGAAAUCACCUCUCUGUGUGAAAUGGAGCUAUACUAAAAUGUAGGGAAGUGGACUGAUCUAAAGGAAAAAGUGCUUUACCAAUUAAGCAGUAGUUGGUUCCAGUUAAAAACCAUACCAAGUGGUGUGUCUUCUUGUAUUUCAUGCUUUUAAUAAGAAUGUCUGAUCAUACAAAGCAAGGUCAAGUAUUUUAUUUGGCUUUUCUGUUUAAAGGAAGAGUUUUUAUAAAAUAAACAAAAAUACUUGCUUUUCCUAGUAGCUGAUUAGUGAUCUGAAAAUGAGUGCAUCUUGAACUCCUGAUAUAUUUCUGGUUUGAUGACAAUAAAAAUCAGUAACAGUUUUCAUUUUUCUACCUACAUCAGUUUGGAGUAUGGACUAUUUGACAGAAUAUUCAGUGUGACUUGAAAACUUGGCUCUGUUAUUUUUUACCAUUUUUUUUAAGUAACCAUUCAGAUAGCAGAGCAUUCCCCAGAUUCUGCUUCAUUUUGCUUGGGUUAUCUUAUAAACUUAAUUUAAAAUACUUGUGGAAAACAGGUAGGAAUUUACUUUAUUUGUAGCCAUCAUGUAUGGAGUAACAUACUAAAUAUCUAAACUUGUAUAUAUGGUGUACUCUGAUGUGUCUCACAUUUGAUAUUUUUUCCACUUGGAGAAUUUUGUGUAUGUAAAUAGAGAGUUGGUUAAAAAAAAGUUCAUGUUCCUAAUGAUAGCUUCACUAUACUCCGUUUUUAUAUCUUUCAUAAUAAAAGAGAUGAAUACUAUUGUGUUCUUGUUGACCUUUUAAAUAACCCAGAGUUAACUGUGUUUCUAGCUUAUAGAAAUACUGUUUUGGGGGGCAGCAGGAAAUUGUCUGUUGAGGUAAUUUCACUGGAUGAAUUGUCCAUAACAUUGCAGUUCUGGUCAUCCCUCCAAAAGUUUCUGGUAUGCUUUAGAGGCUUGGGAAGUAGAUUCAAAAAACCAUUGAAAAUUUGUAUUUUCACUCUGUGGUUGUGCCCAUGUGAAGGGGGUGAGCUUUGCUAAUGCAGAUUCUUAUUGUAAUGGGACCUAGCUUCUUACAGAGUUUUGUGGUGCUGAUAUGCAUUGUGAUUUUUGUGCCUCUUCUAAGUAUGACUACCAGUGGAGUCUCCUAGCCCUCUGUGAGUUUCUCUCCUCUGAGGUGAAACUGUGUAGAGCAAAGUGGCCAUUGAUUUCAGUUGCAGCUAUAGCUGCUUGCACUCUGGACCUCAGUGAGCUUACCACAGACAAUUCAGUCAAUGAAAAAUAAUCUAAUAGAAUUGGUGAUACCUGUGCACAAUAGGCAUUUCUACAGAUGUCUGUCAUGAAGGCUUCCAGUUUGCCUCAGGUUGAAACUGUAUGAUGUCUGGGACUCUGCCCAUUUUGGUGAUUGUGAAGCCUUUGAAGAUUUUAUGUGUAGCCUUCAUUUACUCUUCUUGCACUAAAAUGAGUACAAAGUAUCUGAAGUGGAAGAAGUCAAAAGAAAACACAGGUUGACAAUAAAAGAAAGUAUGGAUCAUAAAUCUGAAAACUAAAGGAAAUGGGAAACAGAACAAAUAAAAAAACAAAGUAGGAAACAAAGUGAGUAGAGGAUCACAGAUGCUUCAGUGCAAAAAUAUUGCAACCCAGAAAUCUUCAUAGCAAAUAGAAACACCCAUUUCCUUUAGAAUUAGUAUAAAACGCUGGCAUUUGAAGUAUGUGAGAUUCACAGGAGAAAUAUCAGAAUUUUCCAAGCAAAAAAAUAUAAAACUAUACUAAUUUAAAACCAAAUGAAAAAAAAAUUCAACCUACCCUCAAACCAUUUUCAUGAGAAAUAUUCUGCUUAUGUAAGAAAAUUUUUUGUGUGUACUGGAAACAUAUAACUGGUUUUAAUUCUCUGUCCCUCUCUACUGGCAUGCCCAAUCAAACUGCAUUGGAAUAAGUAAAAUUAGAAUAAUUGAUACUCUGAAGGUGUUUGCUUCUGUUAAGUACUAAUCACUCAUCAUUCAUCAAAAAUACUUGUAAUUCCCACACACAGUGUCAAAUUUACCAUAUUUAAAAAGCUAUAAAAUGUUGAUAUCCAUAAAGGAUAGUAUUUUCAGUAUAUGGAAUGCUUUAUCCAUCUCAAUAUUUGUUCAAAAUACUAAAGUCCCAUUUUGUUCAAAAUAGCCAUUAAAACAGGGAUUUACAGGUUUCUAUCAUCAUUUGCAGAUUUUUGCUUUUUUUUUGUUCUCACACAAAUACUGAGUGUAUGGCUCGUCCAAAACUAUGUGUAUCAGGAAAUGUUCAAAGUUUCACUUCCUCCAUGCCUUCUCAUAUUCCUAAACUAAAACAUGAAAAACUGUCUUAACUGCCAAGACAUUACUGUCAACAAUACAAGGCUAGACAAAAUGCUAACAGUCAAAAUUCAUGUUAGAUUAAAAUACUCAGCUCUAGCAGUUCUCCUGACUCAAAUACAGAAGACAGUAAAAAUCUAUAAUAGUUUAUUUAUAAGGGUAAUUCUGACUAUAGGCUUCUGAGUUCAUAACAGUAUCAUUCGAUACUUGAAAAAUCCCUGAUAUGUAUUGACUCCAGGAAAAGAAACUUGUCAUAAAUAUUGGAGAGCAGUGUAAGUUUGUCUAUGUGUAGAUGAACAGGAUACUGGAAUAAGUUGUUAAAGAAAAAAUUUAUUUAUCUAUUUUUCUUGUUUAGUUGCUUUCUUACUAGAAGUUAUUUUUAGAGUGUCUGAAUCCUAACAUGUUGUACUGGCAGAAUUAUUUGAUUGUUUACUCAGUCAUCCAUUGCUGGAAUACAAAUUUUGGACAUACAUACCUUUUAUUUAACUUUGUUUCUACAAAAAGUAGCAUCUUUGGGCUUGGCUAUGUGGUACGCCACUAGAGUAUUUUCCAGGAUGAUUUUGCCUCUCGACCUAUAGUAGGAAAUAUUUUUCAGUGUGAAUUAUUUCUUCAUAAAAUAAAAAAAUGUUGGACUCUAGACUGCUUAAAGUUAAUCUCUAGUUAUUUUAUCAAACCCUCUGAUACUGAUGUAUGGUCUGUCCUAGCUUCUGCUUUCGCCUGCCUGUUUUGAACAAAAAGGAUUUCUUAUCUGGACACUAGAAUAAGACCAAAGCAGUUGCGAGUUUUCCAGUUUGAAAUGACUAAUGAUAUUACAUGCUGUACUCUGUUUUAAUUAAUGAAACUGCAUGUAUGAGUGGAAACCAGUCCAGAAUACCUGAAGAUUUGUUAUAAAGAAGCUGAAAUUACAUGGUUAAAACACUUUGGAGUAUCACCAUUUAGCUUACAUUCUUCCCACUAUACCUAAUUUUUCACUUCAAGAAAAGUCAGAGACUACUCUCAAAAGAUGGACAAAUUAGCAAGAAGGAUUUCUUCAGAGACAGGGUUUGCGAUUACACUGUUACUGGCCUGAAUAGGCUGAAGUCUUAUUUUGCAAAAUUCUGAAACUCGUUUAACUGUUCAGGAAAUCCAUGAAAUGCUAAUGAUUUUGGGUGCUCUGAGCCCAUCUAUUGCAUUCAAUUUAAUGCAACUCACAUUAUGAAAUUACUUUUUGGACUAUUUAAUUUGAAAUUUUGAAAAAAACAUUCUGAAGUGUAAUAAAACAAAUAGGUAGGUAAUGGGAGUUAGAAAGAAAAUAAGAUAUAUAUUUAUGCAAAUGGCCUGGAGUUUGAUUAUUUUUAAUUUUAGUUUCAAAUUGCUCAAAUUCCUUCAGCUGCCACAUCAUCCUAGAGAUGUCUCAAUGUUUGCUACUGAGAAUUGCCUGUUUUCUAAAUAAAACCUGCAUCUUGUUGCCAUACUUUGACUAGAAUAGAAUGAAUUCUGACAUGGUUUAAGCAUCAAGUAGGAGAAAGCCAAGUACUUGGCGCAACUUGUCUCCUGGGGCUUCACAUACAGUUACAAGCCUGUCUCCAAAAAGCUUUUGAUGGUCACAGAAUAACAGAAUGAACUAGGUUGGAAAAGAUUUUUAAGAUCAUCUAGUUAACCUAUGACCUUACACCUCCUCAUCAACCACUAAGUGCCAUCUUUUUUGAACUCAUCCAGGGGUGGUGACUCCACCAUCUCCCUGGGCAGAUGACUCCAGCACUCAAUCACUCUUUCAGUGAGGAAUUUCUAACAUCUAACCUAAACUUACCUUGGCGCAGCUUGUGACUGUCCACACAUUCUGUCAGUUGUUGCCUGGGACAAGAGAUUGACCCUCACCUGACUACAAUCAUCUUUCAGGAAGUUGUAGAGAGUGAUGAGGUGUCCUGGGUUGGCAACAUAACCCUUAUAUCUCCAACCGUCUGUUCUAUUAUGCUGAAUAAUAAGCUUUGCACCUUUAAGACUUGUUCUGAGAGCGAGGGAGGGGAGAGAAGAAGCAUGCAGUUUGUUUUCAGACACUGUACUCUUCCAUAUGCCCAUGACUGGACUAUGUUGUCCGCAGAUGGACAGACUGCAGGACAGAGUUCUCCUUUGCUUUUAGUUAGUUAUAACUAGCUGAGGCAGUGAAGUUCCCUGGACUGUGGUUUGUCUUUUCUUUGGACCUGUUUAAACCUGCUCUGGACUGAACACUGAGAGGAGCACCGGCAGCUCACACCUGUGGCCCACCAGGCCGGGCCUGGGCAGCGGCAUUUCCAGUGCUGGAGGGACUGAUAAGAGACUGAGUGAGCCAAGCUACAGCCCACUAAGGGGACUUUUUGGAGUUUGUAAUUUAUUUUGAAGUGGCAAGAAGUUUUAUUGUUUAAUAUUGUUCAUUUUUUGUACUAGUGAAUGCUUUACCUAUUAAAUAAACAGCUUUUUCCACUUUUCUCCAAAGAAAUUUUUUUCCUGAGCCAGGUGGGGGUGGGGCUGCUUGAAUUUGCUUUCUAUUUGUUUCUAGAGGAAACACCUUUAGGGGUUUUUCUCCCAAAAUUGCCCAAUUGUCUUACCCUAAACCAAGACAAAUACAGUUAUUAACACUCAAUGUGGGGCUCCAGAAAGUGGAAGAAUCCUGUACUAUUACAUUUUAGUUGUACUUACUCUAUAUAUAACGCCAAUAUUCUCCCUAACACAUAGUUUUUACAGUACAGGAACACAGAAUAGCUAUUUUGCUAACCUCUGUAAUAAUGAUUUAUAGAGAGUUUACAAAAGUGUAGGAGAGACAUUCUGUGCUGUUUUUGUGAGCCAGAAAAGGCCUCCUGAAGAUAAAGGAAAGCCCCAUAUCUUUUCUGAGGAAGACACCAAGGUUGUCUCCAUGGAGACGUGAUGAAGGAGAGAAAGUUAAGAGAUACAGACUCUAGCUGGCUCAAAGAAUGACAUGGCUCCUUGGUCACCCACUGAGGACUUUGUUUCUUUCCUAUAAACAAUGAGCAGUGAAUGUGUAUGUUGGAUGAAUGUAAAUAUCUUGAAAAAGUAUAAAAGCAACAUGUUGCUGUAAUAAAUCUCUC